GGGUGAGUCUGUGGCAUCGCAGUGGAGGACGGCGCCGUGCUAGGCGGGGGUCCCAGGGAAGCGGCUGCAGGGAUCUCUGCUGGGAGGGCUGGACCGCGGGGCUCACCGAGGGCAGAGGGUCUACUGCAGAGCCAGGCCCCCAGGAAGCUGCGGCAAGUACCGCGCCCGCCGAGCUCGCUCCCGCGCCCGCCCCAAGAUGGCGCCCCUCCCCCUCCCCCUGCGCGCGCCUCCGCCGCUCGGGGCGCGGCCCCGCGGCCCGCGCGCUCCUGGGCGGGGGAUGUUGUGAUGGAGAAGCAGCGGCAGAGCCCGAACCCCGCAGCCUGAGCCACCUCCGUCAUCUGGGCCCGGGGCCUCGCCGCGCAGGAGCUGCCAAGGCCAUGUCUGUUCCGUCGUCACUGAGCCAGUCGGCCAUUAAUGCCAACAGCCACGGAGGCCCUGCACUGAGCCUACCGCUGCCCCUGCACGCUGCCCACAACCAGCUGCUCAACGCCAAGCUGCAGGCCACAGCUGUGGUACCCAAAGAACUGCGAAGCGCCAUGGGGGAGGGUAGUGGGCCUGAGCCAGGCCCUGCCAAUGCCAAGUGGCUAAAAGAGGGCCAGAACCAGCUCCGUCGGGCCGCCACGGCCCACCGUGACCAGAAUCGCAAUGUGACCUUGACCUUGGCGGAGGAGGCCAGCCAGGAGCCUGAGAUGGCACCCUUGGGCCCCAAAGGCCUGAUACACCUGUACUCUGAGUUGGAGCUCUCAGCCCACAACGCGGCCAACCGAGGCCUACGAGGACCUGGCCUGAUCAUCAGCACCCAAGAGCAGGGGCCAGACGAGGGAGAGGAGAAGGCAGCAGGGGAGGCUGAGGAGGAAGAUGAUGAUGAUGAGGAGGAAGAGGAGGAGGAGGACUUGUCUUCUCCCCCAGGGCUGCCUGAGCCCCUGGAGAGUGUGGAGGCCCCUCCCGGGCCCCACGCCCUUACAGAUGGCCCCCGGGAACACAGCAAGAGUGCCAUUCUCCUGUUUGGCAUGCGAAACAGUGCGGCCAGUGACGAGGACUCAAGCUGGGCUACCUUAUCCCAGGGCAGUCCCUCCUAUGGCUCCCCAGAGGACACAGCCUCCCGCCUGGCAGAUUCCUUCUGGAACCCCAACGCCUUCGAGACGGAUUCCGACCUGCCGGCUGGAUGGAUGAGGGUCCAGGACACCUCAGGGACCUAUUACUGGCACAUCCCGACAGGGACCACCCAGUGGGAACCCCCCGGCCGGGCCUCCCCCUCACAGGGGAGCAGUCCCCAAGAGGAGUCCCAGCUCACCUGGACGGGUUUUACUCACGGAGAAGGCUUUGAGGAUGGAGAGUUUUGGAAGGAUGAACCCAGUGAUGAGGCCCCAAGGGAGCUGGGACUGAAGGAACCUGAAGAGGGGACAUUGACCUUCCCAGCUCAGAGCCUCAGCCCAGAGCCAUUGCCCCAAGAGGAGGAGAAGCUUCCCCCACGGAAUACCAACCCAGGGAUCAAGUGUUUCGCCGUGCGCUCCUUAGGCUGGGUAGAGAUGACCGAGGAGGAGCUGGCCCCUGGACGCAGCAGUGUGGCAGUCAACAAUUGCAUCCGUCAGCUCUCUUACCACAAAAACAACCUGCAUGACCCCAUGUCUGGGGGCUGGGGGGAAGGAAAGGAUCUGCUACUACAGCUGGAGGACGAGACGCUAAAGCUAGUGGAGCCACAGAGCCAGGCACUGCUGCACGCCCAGCCCAUCAUCAGCAUCCGCGUGUGGGGCGUCGGGCGGGACAGUGGAAGAGAGAGGGACUUUGCCUACGUAGCUCGUGAUAAGCUGACCCAGAUGCUCAAGUGCCACGUGUUCCGCUGUGAGGCACCCGCCAAGAACAUCGCCACAAGCCUGCAUGAGAUCUGCUCUAAGAUCAUGGCCGAACGGCGUAAUGCCCGCUGCUUGGUAAAUGGACUGUCCCUGGACCACUCUAAACUUGUGGAUGUCCCUUUCCAAGUGGAAUUCCCAGCGCCUAAGAAUGAGUUGGUCCAGAAGUUCCAAGUCUAUUACCUGGGGAAUGUACCUGUUGCUAAACCUGUUGGAUGGCCACAGCCCAGUGUGAAAAAAAGUUUUCCAGGAGUUACAAGGUGUUGUGUAAGAGUUAUGUCAAAGUUGUCCUCUCCCUGCCCUGCAGCAGGGAUGGCUACCUAGGUGGAGACCUGAAGGAUGACAAUCUGGAGUUUCUCAGUCCAGCAGGGAAAGGGCACUCGAGACAGAGGCUUUUCCUUCAGUUGCAGUCUGCGUCCCUCAAGGGCAUUCUCUUCUCUUGCUUUGCAUUCCCCAUCUGCCUUACAGGCCAUUUGCCAGGAUUAAUUGUUAAUAAUAAUGCUACACAAAUCAUUUGAAGCUCAGGGAGCAGUAAAAUAUGAGGCUUGACAGCUCCGGUGAGGCCAGUUUUUGGAAGACUUGCAUCCUUUUGGGAGCAGUUUGGCCAUGAUCCAGCCAGAAGAAAGAUGAGCAAGGCCAAGGUGGGAGAAGGCAUUCAAAGAAGUCCACUCUUUGUGGACUCUCUGCCCACAAAGAGUCCAUAUGGUCUGCUCCUAGUGGGAGCUGAGAGGCACUAAAAGGGGCAGAGGGUCUGGGAGUGGACCACAGAGGCAUGUGCCUUUUGCACUGGCAUUGCGCAGAGACAGUAGCUCACACAGCCAGCUUACGAGUGUGGGGACUAAAACUGAUGCCUUUGCCACACCAUGUGCUCCUGCCUUGGUGCUCUGCUGAGUGCAAGCAAAAGUGGAAUCCAUGAGGGGAAAUGUUUAUGGUUUGAGGUGGAGGAGACCAUGCGUUAUGAGAGAAAGUUGAUUGAUCUAAAAGUCAGGAACCUUAGGUUCCUUGGCCUUUGAGUAUGUUGUAGACAUUCUUGAGUAGAACUAAGAUCUUGAAAGCCCUUCUAGUUCUGAAAACUGGUAAUACAGAGAAGAGGUAGGAGAAAGGCAUGGCUAAGAACCCAGGCUCUGGAAUCAGAUUUCCUGAACUCAGGUCCCCAUUCCUCAAUGGGACCUAAGGCAUAUUACCUAU